GUCCAUUUUCGAGACCCUUCUUUGAGAUUCUAAAAUGUUUUGCCCGCGCUUCUUCCUUCUUCCGUCUUCUGUCCCCCUUCCCUUCCUCCUUACUAGAUAAAUCCCAAGUAACGAGUGCAGGGCAAAACUAAAACUAAAUCCUAAUACCAAGAAGAAGAAGAAGAAGAAGAAGAAUUGAAAGAAUCUCAUUCAAUCCAUCCCAUACCUAUUUAUUUAGUCCAUCCAGAAAAAUCUUACCUGCUUACCUUUCUUUCCCUUUCGAAAUCAUUCAUCGCCAUUUCCAAUCAGUCUCCUCUCGCCCUCUUCCACUCUGAGUUCUUGAGUCUGACAUCUAUCUCCUCGAGAAAGAAAGCAACUCUUGCUGUUCUUCCCUCAAACUUCCCUACUGUGCGCCGAGUCGUGAACAGUGCCCAGUUGAUACCGAAGAGCCUUAUUAGACGUUGUACUUAAAGCCUCUCACCGACCAGAAUCACAAACCCAAACACACAAAGAAAAUCAAUUUAGAGAGAUCUUUUCUCUACACCAACAUACAAAAUGGUCAAGGAUACCAAGUUAUACGAGCUGUUAAGUGUUGCACCAACUGCCACUGAAGCAGAACUCAAGAAAGCAUAUAAAGUCGGGGCUUUGAAACAUCAUCCAGACAAGAAUCAACACAACCCCGACGCCGAGGAAAAGUUCAAGGAAAUCUCCAGAGCAUACGAAAUUCUCUCGGAUCCCCAGAAGCGCCAAAUCUAUGAUCAAUAUGGCGAAGAAGGAUUGGAAGGUGGUGGAGGAGCCGGUGGAAUGAAUGCCGAAGAUUUGUUCUCACAAUUCUUCGGUGGCGGUUCUGCAUUUGGCGGUGGUGGAUUCGGAGGUAUGUUCGGUGGUGGUGGUGGCAUGCAACAACGUGGUCCACCAAAGGCCCGUACCAUUCAUCACGUCCACAAAGUUUCACUUGAGGACAUCUAUCGCGGAAAAGUCUCAAAACUCGCUCUCCAGAAAUCCGUUAUCUGCCCUAAGUGCGAGGGACGAGGUGGAAAGGAAGGCGCCGUUAAGAAGUGUGCUGGAUGUGACGGUCAUGGUAUGAAGACAAUGAUGCGCCAGAUGGGACCUAUGAUCCAACGUUUCCAGACUGUCUGCCCUGACUGUAAUGGGGAGGGAGAGAUCAUCCGUGAGAAGGACAAGUGCAAGGGUUGCAAUGGUAAGAAGACUACCGUGGAAAGAAAGGUGUUGCACGUCCAUGUCGACAGAGGUGUUCGCAGUGGACACAAGAUCGACUUCAGAGGCGAGGGUGAUCAAACACCAGGAGUACAACCAGGUGAUGUUGUUUUUGAGAUUGAGCAGAAACCGCAUGACCGUUUCCAACGCAAAGACGACGAUUUGUUUUUCCACGCUGAAGUUGAUCUUUCGACUGCCCUUGCUGGUGGAACCAUCUUUGUCGAACAUUUGGAUGAGCGAUGGUUGAGUGUUGAGAUCCUUCCAGGAGAAGUUAUCAGCCCAGGAAGUGUCAAGAUGAUCCGUGGCCAGGGUAUGCCUUCAUAUCGCCACCACGAUCACGGAAACUUGUACAUCCAAUUUGAUGUCAAAUUCCCAGAGAAGAACUGGACCACCGAUCCUGCAGCGUUCGAGGCCCUUAAGACCAUUCUUCCACCCGCGCCAGAAGGUACUACACCACCUGCCGAUGCAAUGACCGAAGUUGCCGAUCUCGAAGAUGUCGAUGCCAGUCAACAAGCUAGAGCCUCAGGCGCCGGUGCCAUGGACGAAGACGACGAAGAUGGUCAAGGAGGCGAACGUGUCCAAUGUGCUUCUCAAUAAAUUCAUAGUAGUAUUGGCGUUUGGCCUGGGGAUUUUCUUUGUCUUUUUCUUUCUUCAUACAGAGAUUUUUUCAUCAACCACUUUUGCAUCUUUCGUCGGUUAUAUGAUACACUAUACUUGUUCUUUAUGGUCUCAAGUGCGAUACCAUCGGCCCAUUCAAAAUUUUCAAGGCAAGGGCUUCUUGAAUUUUGGUCAUUAGCAUACACGAAUGACGAAAUGAGCAAUGAGUGGGUUUGGUUUCUGGGUGAAUAGACGAGGGCUUGGAAGAACGAAGGGGCUAAGAGCCUUUGGACAACUCGGUGUGGAUGGAUGAUGCGAACCCUAAUUUUCUUGUGAGAACAUGAGAAUCAUACAUUAUGAAAUGGAUCGAGCAUCUUUUCUAAAAGUCUCAUACGAACUCAGAUUAAGAUAAAAUCAGAAUUUGAUGGAAUCAAUACACCCGAGAACCUCCGGCUGAUGAUCUCUUAAUAUGGCGUUUAGACAGCUGGGAUAGAUAGCAUGUAGGAAAAAAAGCAGAUUAUGAAUCAUUGCUUGUGUUUUGUGGA